GGGAGCCGGCGAGCUGGGCGGCGGAGAUCGCGGAGAAGUUGGAGAAGGAAGGAGGAAGGGGAACAAAGUCCCGGGCGACCGGCGCGAGCGGCGCAGGGUUGGCGGGACGGAGCGGUGGCGGCUGGACGCACAGAAGUUCCCGCGACCUGCGCGGGGAAACACGGCCCGCCGCGCCGGGAACGCUCGGGAGAGCCGGGCAGGCCGCCGCAGUGCGGGGACCAGGGGAGCGGGACGCGCAGCAGCGACCGGCCGGCUCCUCGCGAACCCGCUGGCCCCGUCCCGAAGGGCGGACAGGCCGGGACACGUGGCUCGAUGCCCCCUGCGCUCGCACCCAGGGCCCCCAGCUCUGCCGUCCCUGACUUCUGAUUUCGGGGUGUGCGUGUGCGUGUGUGUGUGUGUGUGUGUGCGCGCGCGUGAGAGUUCCUUCGCCUGCCUGCGCAAUGAUGACUGGGGUUUUCCUUUCCUCUUUGUGGUUGUGUACCGACUGUAACGAAGAGCCGCGCCUCCGCCUGGUGGGUUUGUUUCGGUUCGGCCUCCUUUCUUUAUCUACCGGGAGAAAUAAUGGAAAAGUCGAAGGCGCUAGAACUAUCCGAAAGAGUGUGAGCGCCCGAAGUGGGCAUGCCACUGGCGGGGACGGGGCGGCGGCGUAAAUAGCUCGGGGUGUACGCAGUGGGGUUUCAGUGGGUUCUGCAAGAUGUUAGUCCACACCUAUUCAUCCAUGGACCGGCACGAUGGCGUCCCGAGCCACAGCUCGCGGCUCUCCCAGCUGGGCUCGGUGUCCCAGGGACCUUACUCCAGCGCCCCGCCGCUGUCCCACACCCCGUCGUCAGACUUCCAGCCGCCCUACUUCCCGCCCCCCUACCAGCCGCUCCCCUACCACCAGAGCCAGGACCCCUACUCCCACGUCAACGACCCCUACUCCCUGAACCCACUGCACCAGCCCCAGCAGCACCCCUGGGGACAACGGCAGCGGCAAGAAGUGGGCUCGGAAGCCGGCUCUCUACUGCCCCAGCCUCGGGCCGCCUUGCCCCAGCUCUCGGGCCUCGACCCCCGGAGGGACUACCACUCGGUGCGCCGGCCAGACGUACUUCUGCAUUCCGCGCACCACGGCCUGGACGCGGGCAUGGGUGAUAGCCUCUCGCUGCAUGGCCUCGGCCAUCCCGGAAUGGAAGACGUCCAGUCAGUUGAAGAUGCCAAUAACAGCGGCAUGAAUCUAUUGGACCAGUCUGUCAUAAAAAAAGUUCCGGUUCCUCCCAAAUCUGUGACCUCUCUGAUGAUGAAUAAAGAUGGCUUCCUUGGAGGCAUGUCCGUCAACACCGGCGAGGUGUUUUGCUCGGUCCCGGGUCGUUUGUCUCUGCUCAGUUCGACUUCAAAGUACAAAGUAACUGUGGGGGAAGUUCAGAGACGGCUUUCACCCCCCGAAUGCCUCAAUGCGUCUCUCCUUGGCGGCGUCCUCAGAAGAGCCAAAUCGAAAAAUGGGGGGAGAUCUUUGCGAGAAAGGCUAGAAAAAAUCGGUUUGAAUUUACCCGCGGGCAGGCGCAAAGCAGCAAAUGUCACGUUACUCACCUCCCUGGUGGAAGGAGAAGCUGUUCACCUAGCUCGGGAUUUUGGGUACAUUUGUGAAACGGAGUUCCCUGCCAAAGCUGUUUCUGAGUAUUUGAACCGACAGCACACGGACCCCAGUGACCUGCACUCUCGAAAGAAUAUGCUGCUGGCCACCAAGCAACUUUGUAAAGAAUUUACGGAUCUGCUGGCGCAGGACCGGACGCCGAUCGGAAACAGCCGGCCCAGCCCCAUCCUGGAGCCGGGGAUCCAGAGCUGCCUCACGCACUUCAGCCUCAUCACGCACGGCUUUGGCGCCCCGGCCAUUUGCGCCGCGCUCACGGCCCUGCAGAACUAUCUCACCGAGGCGCUCAAAGGCAUGGACAAGAUGUUCUUGAACAACACCACCACUAACAGGCACACGUCUGGGGAAGGCCCAGCUUUGCCCGCAUGGUUUAUGAGCUUCUUCAAAGAGGACUUGGGCUUCCUACACAAUCUAUAAGGUACAGAGAAAAAAAAUCUGAUCCCUUUUUAAUCAAAGCCUGUGUGUCAGAAUUCUGCAGGUGCACUUCUUUAAAGAAGCUCAAAGGGAAUAAUUUAGAAAGUGGCCAAUAAGAGAUUGAAGCAGCUUUGAGUCUAGUUGCCAACAGAUACCUCAGCAUGGCAUUUGGGUGAAGGGUGGGGGCUGCAGAAUGAAUUUUAGGGGAGAAGAAUAAGGGUUCUCGGAGCCCAAUAUUUUAACAAUAUUGCCUGCCUUUAAAAUGGAUUUCAUUUAUUUGGGCGCUUUGGUGAUGGCCGUUUUAAUGGGGGGAAAAUCAUCUUCAUGAGUGCUGUGGGGAGGAGGGGGUGGCAAGCUCCCCUGCCUGAGCAACAAUUGCUUUCUUACAAGAUGCUUUAUGAAUGAAGCAUUGCCCCUCUCCCGGCCGUGCACUUGUUUUGGCAUAUAGUGGUAAAAUAAUGCAAAGUGAAAGGAGAUGUAUUUCAGCUUUGAAUUUUACCGUCUGGACAGACUGGGACUAUUCCCAGUGGAUAAAGUUUCAUGCAUUUAAUAUCUCUCACUUCUGGCAGCCCAGCUUCUUUCUCAGGCCUCAUCUGAGCAUUAUCAUGAAAUAGGAUCUGGAACCCAUUGUUCCCAUCCUGCCAAAAGCAGUGGGAAAUCCCCUGUGUAGGGCUGGGAUGAGUGAAACACCUCUCUAAAUUUAGUGUCCUACCUGCAUCUCUUUAUACAAGGUAGAGAUAUUAGUACCUUUGCAACAUCCCUUGAAGAUAAAGAGCCAGGUUUCUGUUCUGCAGGAUUUAUACUUAGGACCCAGUGGGACACUGAGUUCUGCUGGUUGGGUGGGCCUUGGCCUGGUGGGAAGGUUGGAGGGUUGGGGGUUAGGAACCUGUUGGGGGUUAGGAACCUGACAUUUUUGUGGGAGAGGGAGUUAGAGAGCCGAUUUCAGGUCACCAGGAGGGUCCAAGCAACUGUUAAUGUCAAAAUCCAGCCCGUGCACCGCCAGCUCCUUUAGGGAGUUCUAGGGGGGCAGGACUCAGCCCUAGUGUUGAAGAAGUACAAAGACCGGGAACUAGACCGUAUGUAAAUUGUAGAUACUUUCUCUCUCCCCAGCUCAGAAGCCUGCGCCUUUGUCCGAGGGCCUGGCGGCUUGCAUUAGAUGUGUUCUGAUUGCAAAAGGCCAGGAGAAAUCACACUGAAUACCAUCGUCUCCUUUCGUUGCAGGGCAACGCGCCCCACGCGUGUGACGUGCGAGAGACGCGAUGGACGCGCCUUGCUCUUACUGUGCAGGUCCCGAGAGCGUGUGGGCCACUCGCGCCCAAUCGUGUUGAGGACAUAGAAUCAGCCGAUGGAGGGGCCGCGGGCCGCGCGGGCCCUUCCCGCUCUCGGUCUCACCCUAAGGGCUAAGGUGACCGAGAGAGCCCCAUUCUCCAGUAGGCGCCCGCGGGCUGCAGGCGGGGAGGGGUCUCAGUGCUGCCUAGGCCUUUUGCUACCAGCGGCCACCUCAGAAGGCCAGUGGCCUAGAAAUGUCCAGGGACUCAGAAGCCCCCCCACCGUCUUUGCCAAAAUGAAAACUCUCUUCACCCUCACGCUCCUAAGGGGAGGUGAUGGGAUAGGAAUUGCCUUACUGGGCUGUAAGGCUCCCUUCAUCGCGCUUCACCCUCAUUCGUGCUUACCUCCCGCGCCCCAGCGAAGAAGAGACCCCCGCGCGCCCCCGCCUGCCUCCCCGCGAGGGGAAAGCCCACUACCCCCCGCUCUCCGCCUCCCUUCUCCUUUCAAGUGCGACCCCGGCCCCCAUGCUUUCCUUAGCCAGGCCCGCUACGUUUAUCUGAUAAUUGAGUUAUUAAAAGAUUUGGUUUCCUUUGGCCCAUAAAUCAAUAAACAGUAGGAUUAACGCACGAGUUUGCCUUUUAAGUCAAGGGAAACGUUUAAAGCAAGCCUUUUUGAGCUUUGUUUUCAAACCAAACAGGUGAGUUGCAGUUUUCCCUCCUAACACCUGCACACUUUAGCCAUUUUAACACGUGCUCCCUCCUAAAUGCUCAGUCCCGAACCAAAAGAGCUAAAGACAGAACGGAGGAGUCAGGAUGCGGCAGCGUGGCCCUCACACUUUACACUUUGCAAGCUCCUUUGGAGGUUCUAAAAGUCUCCUUCCCAUUCUCUGUCUCACUCUGCCUCCUCCUACAGGUAUUGUGGGUCUCAGAGGACCAAAAAAAAAAAAAAAAGGGGGGGGGGGGGG